ACACCGGCGGUGUUUAAAAAGGAGAACUCUGUUCCGCUGAACGAUCAAGGAGUGUAUAAAAGACAACGACAACCAAUUUUUCUUCUAUUAUCAAAGCGAACACGAUUCGGAAACAUAACGAGUAUUCCAUCUAAUCCACAUCCUCUGCACAAUAAGAUGGGAGCUGAUAGAAGACUCAGUCGUGGUGAACGCAGUGGAAGAUAUGGUUCAGGUGGAAGGAAAGAUGAUCCAGAAUGGUAUGAAAGAAGAGGUAAAGAUAUGGAAAGGGAUUAUGAUCAACAAUGGAGUGAUGAGAGACACAGAGAGCGCAGAGAUAGCCCAGAGAGGAGCAGAAAACGGCGAAAUAGUGACAGAUCUGAUGAUGAGUACGAUGGGGAUUAUCUAGACCAAGACUACAAAAUGGAGCAGGAGGAGGAGAGCAAGACCAUUAUGCUGAGGGGACUCUCUGUUCAUGUCACAGAGGAAGAUAUCUGUUCAGCUCUCGAGCAGCUGCAGGGGCCCCAGCCUGUGGACAUCCGCUUGAUGAAGAAAAGGACAGGUAUAAGCCGAGGUUUCGCCUUCGUGGAGUUUUAUCACUUGCAAGAUUCUACUCGAUGGAUGGAGACCAAUCAGAACAAGCUGGUGAUCCAUGGGAAAAGCAUCACAGUGCACUACAGCAACAGGAGACAGAAGUUUGAAAACUGGCUUUGCAAUGCAUGUGGGCUGUACAAUUUCCGGAAGAGGCUGAAGUGUUUCAGGUGUGGAGCAGCCAAAGUUGACGGGGAGUCUUUGGGACAAAGUCGAUUCAAUGCUGAGGUUAAACAGCCUGGAGAUUACAGUGGUGACACGAUCAUUUUGAGGAACAUAGCUCCUCUCUCCACUGUGGAUGGGAUUUUAAGCAUAUUGGCCCCCUAUGCAAACUUGUCAGCAGGCAACAUCCGCCUCAUCAAAGACAAGCAGACAGGACAGAAUCGGGGCUUUGCCUUUGUUCAGCUCUCAUCCCCUUUGGAGGCUUCUCAGCUGCUCACAAUUCUCCAGAGCCUUCAGCCACCUUUAAAACUGGAUGGAAAAACAAUUGGUGUAGAUUAUGCCAAGAGCUCUCGGAAAGACUCUGCACAGCCUGAUGGGAUCAGAUCAAAUGCUCUCUCUGUGGCCAGUACAGCCAUUGCUGCUGCUCAGUGGUCAUCCAAUCAAUUACAGCAAAAUUCAGGAAGCACCUCUGACUGCGUUCCCCUCACAGAGGGCUACAUACAGGGGCAAAACUAUCAAGUAUGGCAGCAACAGCCUGAAGGAUUGGCUCCUGUCAUUGGAGAUGGAUUACUUGGAGCUGCUCCAGGAAUAAAGGCACUGAUCACCGCAGGGACAGGGGUGGUCAUCUCUCAGACAGCACAAGUCUAUAAGCCAGUCAUUAUCAGUCAGCCUGCCAUACAGUCACAUCCAGCAGUGAGGCUUGUCGACACAGCACAGCAGACCGCUCCUGUUUGCACUACAUCUUUGGUAACAUCAGCAGCUGCUACUGCUGAAGCUACACUCAGUGGUGCCCCGACUGCAAACACAGCAGCUCCUGACACCUCUGCAUAUCAGUAUGAUGAGUCUUCUGGUUAUUAUUAUGACCCACAGACCAGCCUGUACUAUGAUCCUAAUAGUCAAUACUUCUACAACUCAGAGACUCAGCAGUAUUUGUACUGGGACAGUGGAAAGCAGCAGUACAUCUCCACCCCUCAGUCAGAUUUAAGCACAGAACAAGCUAGCACAGCAGCUAGUACCUCAGCCACAGUCACCACAAACAGUAAGGAGGCUAAAGAUAAAAAAGAAAAGCCCAAAAACAAAUCUGCACAACAGAUCGCUAAAGACAUGGAGCGCUGGGCAAAAAGCUUUAACAAGCAAAAAGAAAGCGUGAAAGGCACCAACCAAGGGCUUGGACCUUCUAAAGAAGACGAGAGGAAGGAGUCUGCAGCUGCUGAUGCAGGGUUCUUUCUCUUUGAGAAAAAGCAAGCAGGAUGCUUUGAGAUGCCAUCUCUUAUUAUUGAAAAAUUCAAGGUGGCAGAGCAGGAGAGUCUCACUAAGAGUGUUGUUGCUGCUUCGUACAAUGGAGACAGUGACACAGAAGAGGGCGUCUCAGACAGAGCAGCAGAUGAGGAGGAAAAAAUAACAGACUGGAAAAAGAUGGUGUGUUUGCUGUGUCGACGGCAGUUCCCCACCAGAGAGGCUCUGCUGCGUCACCAGCAGCUCUCUGACCUCCACAAGCAAAACCUGGAGAUUCAAAGAAGAUCCAGCCUCACAGAAGCUGAGCUUGAGGAGUUGGAGAGGAAAGAAACUGAGCUGAAAUACAGAGACAGAGCUGCGGAGAGAAGGGAAAAGUAUGGCAUCCCUGAACCUCCUGCACCUAAGAAGAAGUUUUAUAAACCACCAACACCAGUAGUAAACUAUGAGCAGCCCACCAAAGACGGCCUUACCAGUGAUAAUAUCGGUAACAAAAUGUUGCAAGCGAUGGGCUGGCAGGAGGGUAAAGGUCUGGGGCGCCACCAGCAGGGCAUCACCACCCCCAUCGCGGCUUUAUUAAGGACCAAGGGAACAGGACUGGGUAUUAAAGGGAGCUCAUACGAACUGUCAGCAUCUGACACCUACAAGGAUGCUGUUCGUAAGGCCAUGUUUGCACGCUUCACUGAAAUAGAGUAAACAAGAGAGGAGUAAUCAUGCUGAAAUGGAGCAUGAUUUGGGGCCAAAUGAUCUGUGAAAAAUAUUCCACUUUGUACAAACUUGAACGAAAAUGUUUAUAUUUAAUUUAAUGUAUGUCACUGUGGUUUUGUUCUCUAGGGCUAGCUAUUUUGCCAUCAUUUUUUCAGUUAAGUAUGUACAUAAUGUGCUAUGUUUGUAUAUAAAAUAUGUGGACCAGCUGAGGUUUCUGUGAAAACUGAAUCAAUGUGAAAAUUAAACCUGAACUUUUAUUUUUA